AUGGCAACAACAUCGGAAGUGGUGGCAUCAAGAAUCGCUUAUUCUGCAAGUGAUUUAAUUUACGUUAUAGAACCCAAUUCUCCAAAAUCUUCAUCUUCAAAAUCUCAAAGUACAUUAGAAUUAACUCAAUAUCAAACUCAAUCAAAGACAAACAUUUUUAAUAAAAUACCUGAAUUAGAAACUUUACAUUCAAUCUCUGAUCCAUUUUCAAAAUUACAUGUUCAACUAUCAAAAGGUUCCUUGAUUAGUGUAAUCAUACCUUCUAAUUGUUCAAAGAAUGUUUUAAUUAAUUCCAUACCACAUCUUUAUAAAAUUUCCAAUGGUAAUAAAAAUAAUCAGGGAGGAGUUAUAGUUAUUCACGUUGCUUUGGAUAAAAGUGAUUUAAAUCAAUUGGGUGAUUAUACUGAUGUUAUGGCUUUAAGACAAACUGGUUUCGCUUUAUUGCAUUCUAGUGGUCCUCAAGAAUCUUCGGAUAUGGCUCUUAUAGCUCAUUCAAUUGCUUUAAAAACUGGAAUUUCUGUUAUACAUUUCUUUGAUAAUGAAUCAAAGAAUGAAUCAAAGAAAGGUGGAAAGAUUAAGAUUCUCGGAAAUAAUGAUAUUAAAAAACUCAUUGUAGAAUCAGAUGUUCAAAAAUAUCGUGAUACCCUACCUAAUGAUCUUUACUUUAGAUCUUAUAAUGGUAUCUCAUCAUCAGCUGAUUCUUCUGACGACCAACAGGAUGUCUCAAAUGCAAAUGGAGAAAUUUCUGUCCCAACAACAACAAAUGGAAAACAACAAAGCUCCCCGGCAGAUUUUUUCACGAUCACGGAAGACAUCUUUGAAACAUUCAAACAAUUGACAAAUAGAUCUUACAAAAUUAUUGAAUUCUUUGGUGACAAAAGAUCGGAUUCAAUUAUUAUAACAAUGGGAUCCGGAGCUGUGCUUUUACAAAAAGUUUUUGAAAAACCCGAAACUUCGAAAAUUGGUUUGCUCAAAAUAAGACUAUAUCGUCCCUGGUCCGAUAAACAUUUAUUUGCGGGGAUUCCAAAAUCUGUAAAGAAAGUAUCCGUAUUGGAGCAAGUUGUCCCUCGUACAACUAAUUGGACGCCAUUAUAUUUAGAUGUUGUAUCAGCUUUUCAAAACCGUAAUUAUUGGUCUGAUCAAUUACCACUUAUCAAUUGUGGUCAGUAUGGUGCUUUGGAAAAAGGAUCAAUUGAUGCAGAAGUUACCAUUCUUCUGAAUUCAAAUUUUCCUCGCCGUAAUUUCUUCCUUGGUAAAGAACCAUCAAAACCACAAUCGAAAAAUUAUGGAGAGGUUAACGGUCAAGAUGAUCUUGAAAAUUCUUCUGCGUUGGAGAGGCCUUAUAUUAAGAUGCUCAAUGAAAUCUUCUCCGAAAGAUUAUACAUUGCUAAUUCUUCAUCAAAACCUAACGCUGGACAUUUAGAAGUUGUAAAAUCCACACCGGAAUUCGGGUUUGGUGUAUUAUUGGCAAAACUUCAUCAACGCGUUCAGUUAGUUGAUCUAGUGACACGUAUCGUUAAGGACACUUCGAUUCCUGAACCACUUCACGAACAACUAUCUAAAUGGCUCUUGCAUAAAGAUGAUGCUGAACUUUCAAAGAAGUAUGGUGAUCAAAUUGCAGAAAUGCUCAGUUCAGAACCUCCAAAACAAUCUUCCCUCGCUGAACUCCUUCAACUUCGAAAUUUAUUUGUUAAACCAGCUCAAUGGUUAAUUGGUUCGGAUGCAUGGGCUUAUGAUAUUGGAAAUUCUGGCGUUCAUCAUGUAAUUUCUUCUGGAAAAGAUAUCAAUAUGUUAAUUAUUGAUUCACAACCUUAUUCAACACGUACUGCGGCCGAUCCAGAUAAGCGUAAAAAGGAUAUUGGUCUCUACGCGAUGAAUUAUGGGAACGUGUUCGUAGCUUCCGUGGCAAUGUAUUCAUCUUAUACUCAAGUUUUACAUGCCUUAAUAGAAGCAGAAAAAUUCAAAGGUCCAUCGAUUGUGUUGGCCUAUCUUCCUUAUCAUUCUGAAAAGGAUACAACGAUUACCGUAUUAAAAGAAACUAAAUUAGCUGUCGACAAUGGUUAUUGGCCAUUAUAUAGAUGGAACCCUGAAUUAGAAAAGGCUGGAAAAGAACCUUUCAUCUUGGAUUCUGAACGAAUUAAACAAGAAUUACAAAGUUUCUUGGAUCGAGAAAACCAUUUGACACAAUUAAUUCGUUCCCGUCCAGAUUAUUCUCCUUUAUUAACAAACUCCCUUGAAUCGGAAGUUAAAUCAAGACAAAAAUCUCUUGCAAAAUCAGCUUACGAAAAAUUGUUAGGCGGUUUGACAGGUCCACCAUUAUUAAUCUUAUUUGGAUCAGAUAAUGGUAAUGCUGAAGGCUUGGCAAGAAGGUUACAAAAAGGUGCAAUUGCUAGAGGAAUAAACGCACGAUGUCUAGCGAUGGACGAUUUCCCAAUUGAAGAUAUUACUCUAGAAAAAAAUUUGGUGUUUAUUUGCAGUACAGCUGGUCAAGGAGAAUUUCCACAGAAUGCUCGUGAUUUCUGGAAACAUAUCUCAACCACUACAGAUAUUUCCUUUACAGAGUCAAGGUACACAGUUUUUGGAUUAGGAGAUAGUCAUUAUUGGCCAAGGGAAGAGGACGCGAUUUAUUAUAACAAACCUGGCAAAGAUUUAGAUGCAAGAUUGGAAUUAUUAGGAGGGCAAAGUUUAGUCCCACUUGGAUUAGGAGACGACCAAGAUGCUGAUGGAUAUGAAACAGCAUAUCAAGCUUGGGAACCAGAACUUUGGAAAGCUCUUGGAGUUGAAUUACUUGGUACGAUUGUGGAGGAACAAAAAAAGACUGAUGAUGAUAUGAAAACAGAAUCAAACUUUUUAAGAGGAACCAUCGCGGAAGGUUUAGAAGAUACUUCAACAGGUGCAUUAUGUGAACGAGAUACCAAAUUAACCAAGUUUCACGGAAUUUACCAACAAGAUGAUCGUGAUUUGAGAGAAGAUAGGAAGGCUCAAGGUUUGGAAAAGGCAUUCUCGUUUAUGGUACGUGUUAGAGUUCCGGGAGGAGUUUCCACAGUUCAACAAUGGUUAGCAAUGGAUGAAAUUGCAGAAAAAUAUGGAAGUGGAUCAUUGAAACUAACAACUAGACAAGCUUUUCAAUUACAUGGAGUUCUUAAACGAAAUUUAAGAGAAGCCAUACGUGGCAUUAAUAGAUGUUUAUUGGAUACAUUGGCGGCAUGUGGUGACGUCAAUAGGAAUGUCAUGUGUAAUCCGAAUCCACUCAUUUCUGAAGUACAUGCGGAAGUACAAGACUUUGCAAUGAAAAUAAGUGCACAUCUUUCACCAAGAACAUCCGCAUAUCAUGAAAUUUGGCUAGAUGAUAAGAUGGUAGCAGGCCAAGCGGUACAAGAUUUCGAACCAUUAUACGGACAUACUUAUUUACCACGUAAAUUCAAGAUCGCGAUCGCGAUGCCUCCUAAUAAUGAUGUUGAUGUAUUCGCUCAUGAUCUGGGUUAUAUUGUUAUUUCCGAUGAUAAUGGAAAACUUUUGGGGUAUAAUGUAACAGUUGGAGGCGGGAUGGGAAUGACGCAUAACAACAAGAAAACGUAUCCUAAUUUAGGCCAACUGCUCGGAUUUAGUAGACCUGAUCAGGCAAUUGAAGUUGGAGAGAAAGUUAUGUUAGUUCAAAGAGAUUUUGGUGAUCGUAUAAAUCGAAAACAUGCGAGACUCAAGUACACGAUUGAUGACCGAGACUUGGACUGGUUCCGGAACGAAGUUGAAUCUCGAUUAGGAUAUAAAUUGGAUCCACCGAAAGAAUAUAAAUUCGAAAAUAAUGCGGAUAGAUAUGGAUGGACGAAAGGUGUUGACGACAAAUGGCAUUUUUGUAUGUAUAUAGAAAAUGGACGUGUCGUGGAUUCGCCAGGAGAGGCCAUUAAAACAGGAUUAAGGGAGAUCGCGAAAGUACAUAAAGGAGAUUUCCGUUUGACACCGAAUCAACAUCUUAUAUUAGGAAAUGUAUCGGAACAAGAUAAGCCACAAAUUGAAGAAUUAUUAAAGAAGUAUAAAUUGGAUAAUUUGAAAUUUACCGGUUUAAGAUUGAAUUCCAUGUCAUGUGUAGCGUUACCUACAUGCGGAUUAGCCAUGGCAGAAUCCGAAAGAUAUUUACCAACGCUUGUUAGUAAAUUAGAAAUCAUUAUUGAAGAAUGUGGAUUAAGAGGUGACGCGAUCACGAUUAGGAUGACAGGAUGUCCCAAUGGGUGUGCAAGACCCUAUGUCGCAGAAAUUGCUUGUGUAGGUAAGGCAUUGGGAACUUAUAACCUUUAUUUAGGAGGAGGAUUCUAUGGGCAGAGAUUAAAUAAAUUAUACAAAGAAAGUUUGAAAGAAGAGGAUAUUUUAGGGGAACUGAAACCCAUGUUGAGCAGGUAUGCCAAAGAAAGAAACGAUGGAGAGAGAUUUGGUGAUUUUGUUAUUAGGAUGGGAUAUGUCAAAGCUACAAAUUAUGGUAAAGAUUUCCACGAUUUGUAA